UGAUGAGUUCUUAUGCAUACUUGUUUAAAUUUAUUAUUAUCGGAGAUUCAAGUAAUUAUUAAUCAUAAAGAUUUUAGGUGUUGGAAAAUCAUGCUUACUUUUAUAAUUUUUGGAUAGAAAGUUUAAAUUAGAUCAUGAUACAACAAUAGGUGUUGAGUUUGGAAGUAAGACUUUGAAUAUUAGAUAAAAGAACAUAAAGCUUUAAAUUUGGGAUACUGUAUAAACUAAUUUAAUUAUCUUAGGCUGGACAAGAAAGUUUUAAAUCAAUUACAAGAUCAUAUUAUAGAGGAUCAAUCUGUGCAUUAAUUGUUUAUGAUGUGACAAGCAGAGAUAGUUUUGAGAAUAUUAGUAGAUGGAUGGAAGAAACAAAAAGCUAUGCAAAUGAUAAAAUUACAUUAGUAUUAGUUGGUAAUAAGACAGAUUUAUCAGACAAGUAAAAAUUAUAUGGAAAAUCUAUUAGGAGAGUUAUUUCGACUGAAGAAGGAUAAACAUUUGCUAAGAAGCAUGAUAUAAUUUUUGUUGAGACCUCUGCAAAAACAGGUUUUCAAGUUGAUAAAGUAAUUUCUAUUAUAAAAUGUAAUAGAUAUUCUAAGAAGCUGCUGAAGCUGUAUUAAAAAAAAUAGAAUAGAGAGAUAUUGAUGCAACAAAUGAAGUAUAAAUUGUUUAAAUUAUAAGUCUAUUGGUGUGAGGAUUGGAUCAUAAAUGACUGAAGAAAUGGUAGAAAAAUAAAAAGAGUAAAAAUAACCAAAAUGCUGCUGA